AUGGCAGCGGGCGAGACUCAGAUCUAUGCCAAGGUUUCCAACAAGCUCAAGGGCCGCAGCACCACCUCGCUCCUGGACCCCCUCCUGGGCAUGGGCUUCCCGGCACACAUCGCGCUCAAGGCGUUGGCGGCGACUGGAAGGAAGACGGCGGCGGAGGCGUCAGACUGGCUGCACUGCCAUUGCAAUGACCCUUCUCUCGACGACCCCAUCCCCCAGGAGUACGCCCUUUUCCUCUGUCCCACGGGACCCCUGCUGGACAAACUUCAAGAGUUCUGGAGAGAGAGCAGGCGUCAGUGCGCAAAGAACAGAGCCCAUGAGGUCUUCCCUCACAUAACGCUCUGUGACUUCUUCACGUGCGAGGACCAGAAGCUGGAGUGUCUGUACGAAGCGCUGAAGAGAGCCGGGGACAGGACCCUGGGCGCCUUCCCCCCGGCCGUGCCUCUGGUGCUCCAUUCUUCCGUCAGCUACCUGGGCUUCUUCGUGAACGACAGCACCGCAGACAUCAUCCAGGAAUUUGCUGUGAUGUUCGCCACGGAAGCGUCCAUCUUAGCAGACUGCACCGUGAAGCCCUGCACCAAGCAGCUGCAUCUCACCCUGGCCCACAAGUUCUAUCCCCACCACCAGAGGACGCUGGAGCAGCUGGCCAGAGCCGUCCACCCCGGCCACGGCUGCCAGUGGACGGCCGCACUCUACUCCCGGGACAUGCGCUUUGUACACUACCAGACCCUGAGGGUCCUGUUCCAGUACAAGCCGCAGAACAUGGAUGAGCUGACCCUCAGCCCCGGUGACUACAUCUUCGUGGAUCCCACGCAGCAGGAGGAAGCCAGCGAGGGCUGGGUGUUUGGGAUCUCGCAGCAGACCGGCUGCCGGGGCUUCCUGCCCGAGAACUACACGGAGCGAGCUAGCGAGUGUGACACCUGGGUGAAGCACAGGACGUACACCUUCGGUGUAGCCCCAGACCAGAGCUCCAGGAAGGACGGUGAAGCCAGCAGCAGACGGAACGGGGAGCCUCAGCCUCUGCCUGUGUCCCAGAGCAGCAGCCUGCAGUCCCUACAGGCCACCAUACUGAGGAAAAGCGUCCUGGUGGUGCGCCAUGGGGAGAGAGUGGACCAGAUCUUCGGGAAGUCCUGGCUGCAGCAGUGUUCCACUCCCGACGGGAAAUACUACCGGCCAGACCUGAACUUCCCUCGCAGUCUGCCCAGACGGAGCCGAGGUAUCAAAGACUUUGAAAACGAUCCACCUUUAUCGUCCUGUGGAAUUUUCCAGUCCAGAAUGGCAGGGGAAGCUCUGCUGGACAGUGGCAUCAGGAUCACCUCCGUCUUCACCUCCCCAGCCCUCCACUGUGUGCAGACAGCCAAACACAUCCUGGAAGAGCUCAAACUGGAGAAGAAAAUUAAGAUAAGAGUGGAGCCCGGAAUCUUUGAAUGGACCAAAUGGGAGGCUGGCAAAACUACCCCGACCCUCAUGACCCUGGAAGAGCUGAAAGGGGCGAACUUCAACGUCAGCAUGGAUUAUAGGCCCGCCUUCCCCCUUCCCUCCCUCCUGCCCGCCGAGCGCUACGAGGAUUACUUGCACAGGUGUGCGGUGAGCAUGGAACAGAUAGUCAGCAUCCGCCCGCAGGAUGUGGGCGUCAUCCUGGUCGUUGGCCAUGGCUCGGCGCUGGACUCCUGCACGCGCCCACUCCUUGGGCUGCCACCCCGGGACUGCACAGUGUUUACCCAGCUAGUGAGGAAGAUCCCUUCUCUGGGUAUGUGCUUCUUAGAAGAAAACAAAGAAGAAGGAAAAUGGGAGCUGGUGAACCCUCCCGUGAAGACGCUGACUCAUGGCUCAAACUCAGCGUUUAACUGGAGUAACUGGAUCCCGGGCAACUAA